AUUAUUAUAAAAAUACGCAAAUGAAUUGGCCAAAUUAAAACAUACACACACAACACAACUCAAAGAAAUUGAAAUCGUUGAGAAAAGAGAAGAAAAAGAGAACGAGUUGACUCAGUGAAAAAUCAAAGAAAUGGCAGAAGAAGUGACUCGGAUAAUGAUUGGAGUGAACGAGUCAAGCUUGAAGGGUUAUCCAAAUCCUUCAAUCAGUAGCAAAGGUGCUUUCGAAUGGACGAUUAACAAAAUCAUUCGUAACAAUGUUUCUGCUUUCAAUCUUCUUUUUCUUCAUGUUCAAGUUCCCGAUGAAGAUGGUUAUGAAGACAUGGAUAGUAUCUAUGCGUCGAAUGAAGACUUUAAGAACAUGAAACAGAAAGAAAGAGUUAGAGGGACUCAUCUGCUGGAAUACUUUGUCAAUAGGUGUAAUGAAAUUGGGGUCCCCUGUCAAGCAUGGAUAAAGGAGGGUGAUCCCAAAGAUGUGAUACUUAAUGAGGUGAAACGGAUCCGUCCAGAUUUACUAGUUGUGGGAUGCAGAGGUCUUGGACCUUUCCAAAAGGUUUUUGUUGGCACUGUUAGUGAAUUUUGCUGGAAGCACGCUGAAUGCCCUGUCAUGACUAUCAAACGCAAUGCAGAUGAAACUCCAAGGGACCCUGUUGAUGACUAGUAGUUUGACAUUGGAGAUAAAUUACAUGUGUUGGUGGAGUUUAAAAAAUUAAAAAGAAAAUAUUGAAUAUAAGUAAGAUUAGUAUGUGAAGUUGUUUAGUGUAGGAACAUGAGCAUGGUCUCAAACUUUUUGAGCUUUCUUGCCCUUGUUCCUUUAUCUGUAUGUUUCAGCAGUUGUUGAUUUCUUUGAAUGUAUAAAGACAUUUGCUUGUGUGAUUUGUACUCUGUAUUGCUUGCAAUACAAUUGUGUAUGUAAUGGACUAAUAGUAUUGAUAAUAUGAUUUGUCUUUGCAUUAAUUAAAAUUUUGGCAUGCCAAAAUAUUUGGUGCAGGCAAGAUCCUA